AUGCACGCCAUGCACGCCCCCGCCCUCCGAGGCGCCUCCCUCGCGAGCUCCCUCAAGGCGUCCGCGCCCCGAGCGCGCGUCUCGCGCCCGGUCCGAUCGACGAUCCGCGCGGACGCGCAGGUCAUCGACGGCAAAGCGAUCGCCGCGGACGUGCGCGAGGAAGUUCGGCUCGCGGUCGCCGCCAUGAAGGAGAAGACGGGCGGGAAGGUUCCGGGCCUCGCCGUCGUCCUCGUCGGCGACCGCAAAGACAGCGAGACGUACGUCCGAAGCAAGAAGAAGGCGUGCGAGGAGGCCGGGAUCCAGUCCUUCGGGACGGACCUCCCCGGGGACGCGACCGAGGACGAGGUCCUCGCCGUCGUGCAGGCGUACAACGCGGACCCCGACGUGCACGGCAUCUUAGUUCAGCUCCCGAUGCCGGACCACAUCGACGAAGAGCGCGUGUUGGGCGCGAUCGAUUACGAGAAGGACGUGGACGGGUUCCACCCGCUGAACAUCGGUCGCUUAUCGCAGAGAGGGCGAGAGCCGCUCUUCGUGCCGUGCACGCCGCGCGGGUGCAUCGAGCUCCUGGAACGCACGGGCGUCCCCAUCGCGGGCAAGGAAGCCGUCGUCGUCGGGCGCUCGAACGUCGUCGGCACCCCCGCGGCGUUGCUGUUGCAGCGACGCGACGCGACGGUCACGAUCGUGCACAGCAAGACGCCAAACUCGGAGGAGAUCGUGCGCCGGGCGGACAUCGUCAUCGCGGCGUGCGGUCGAAUGGAGAUGGUGAAAGGGUCGUGGAUCAAACCGGGCGCGGCGGUGAUCGACGUCGGGAUCAACGCGAAGGACGACCCGUCGAAGAAGCACGGGUACCGGCUCGUCGGCGACGCGGACUACGAGGAGUGUUCGAAGGUGGCGGGGUACAUCACCCCGGUGCCGGGCGGCGUCGGGCCGAUGACGAUCGCGAUUUUGCUGCAAAACACGCUCGAGGGCGCGACGCGCGCGUACGGGCUCAAGUGA